AUUUUAAAUAUUUAUAAUAAAAAAAGUUUAUUUUAUUGCAUAAUAAAAUGCUGUCGACUGUUUUGAAGUCUGUAUUUGGUUAUGAUGAUUUCAAAAGUGAUAUUCAAAAUCGAGCAACUACCGCUGUUUAUAAAGGUAAAAAUGAUGUAUUUAUAUGUAUGCCAACUGGUGGUGGCAAAUCACUUUGUUUUCAAUUGCCAGCAGUAAUGAAAGAACAUAAAGUUACAAUUGUUUUCUCACCACUAUUAGCUCUGAUGAAGAAUCAAAUAGAUUUUUUAGUUAGCAAAAACAUAAAUGCAAGUUCAUUAAACUCACAUACAUCUACCAAAGAAAGGAAUGCAAUAAUUAAGGAUUUAACAUCUAAUUCACCAAAGGUGAAAUUAUUGUAUGUUACUCCAGAAAUGGGAGCACAACCACAUUUUCAAGAUAUAGUAAUAAAAUUGAAAAAAGCAAAAUCAUUAUCUUAUUUUGUUAUUGAUGAAGCUCAUUGUUUAAGUCAAUGGGGUCAUGACUUUAGGCCUAGUUACAGACAGUUAGGUGCAUUUAAAAAAUUAUGCCCCCAUAUUCCUAUAAUUGCUCUAACUGCUACUGCUGCAAAGGAGGUUAAAGAUGAUAUACUUCAGUGCUUAAAUAUGAAAAAUGCCUUGAUAUUUUCAGUGCCUGUAUUUCGAUCUAAUCUUUAUUAUGAUAUAUGGUUUUUAGAAAUAUUGGACAAACCAUUUGAACAUUUAAAGAAUUUUAUUUUAGAAGCUCUUGGUUUCCAAGAUGAGCUUAUUCCAAAAGUAAAGAAAAACUGUGGCAUUAUUUAUUGUAGAAAAAAGGAAGCAACCGAAGUAAUUGCAAAUAAAUUGUCUAAUUCUGGUAUAAGGACUUUAGCAUAUCAUGCUGGUUUAAAAAAUCAAGAACGUAAUGAGAUUCAAAAUAAAUGGACAUCUGGUGAAGUGCCUGUUAUUGCGGCUACAUGUAGUUUUGGAAUGGGCGUAGAUAAAGGAUCUGUUAGAUUUGUGGUCCAUUGGACAGUGCCUCAAAAUAUAGCAGCAUAUUAUCAAGAGUCUGGUAGAGCAGGUAGAGAUGGCAAACCAGCUUUUUGUAGAAUUUAUUUUAGUAAUGAAGAAUAUGGACCUAUCGCAUUUCUUAUUAAAGAAGAAAUUACGCAGAAAAAUUCGGAACUUGUAAAAUUAAGAUGGAAAAAUUUUGAAAAAACGGUUUCAUACUGUCUUGAAGCAAAGUGUAGGCAUGCAGUGUUUUCUAAAUACUUUGGAGAUAGUCCACCACUGUGUAAAAAUAGAUGUGAUGUAUGCGAGAACAAAGAUGCUGUUCAAUCAAGGAUAUCACAAUUUGAAAUGUUUCAAACUAGAAGAUCACAUAAAUCUAGUUCUAAUUUAAGUGGUGUAGCACUACCGAAGUAUGAUAACGAUGAAGAAGAGUGUAAAGGAAGUCCAGUUUCAAGAGAAAGACUUUUAGCUGAAAGUAGAAGGGAAACCAGAGAAUUAAUUGAGAAACAGUUUGCUAUUCGAAGAAAUAAUAAUAAAAGUGAUGAGAUAAAAAAACAAAAUCUUAAAGAUGCAAAGCAAUCUAAUAUAUGUGCAGCUGAAAGUACAGAUACAAAAAUCAAGGGCUUAACUGUCCAAAUGCGAGAACAUUUUUAUACUCAGUUAAAAUUAGCAUUAAGAGAUAAUUAUGAAAAUAUGUUUUUGGAGUUAAAAGGGCAGCUUCAAGAGAACGAUAUACAUAAUAUAGCAUAUGAGCUUGAAUAUAAAGCAUUAUGUCAUUCCAAAGUUGCAAAUAAGUAUAAAUUUGAUAUGUCUAAAUUGAUUUCUUCCGUGAAGAAGUGUAUUAGCACUAAUACAGUUCACGAAUACUUACGUGAUUAUACCGCAAGUAAUCAACAGAGAGUAAAAUCAGUCUAUUCGGAUGAUAACACUACUGUUUCUAAACAUAAACAAAAAGAAAGUGAUAGCUUAAUUGCACAAAAUAAAAGUGUAUUGAAUAAGUUUUGUGAUAAAAACAUUUGCGAUCCUCCCCAAAAAUCAAAUAUCACAGACAAGAAUAUUUUCUUUCCUACAUUUAAGACUGCUUUAGAACUUAGGAAUGAUGAGAAAAUAAUAAAAAGUUCAUCUAACAGUAAUAUGAAAUAUUCAUCAUUUGAUAUAAGCAUUUUGAACGAUGAGAAUACAAAAGUUAAUAAAAGUAUUCAUUGUAGUGAUAGGAUAGAUAUUGAAAAAAGUAAUGUUAUAAGGGAUGGUAAUGGUAAGAUCGUUAAAUCUCUUGAAUUAAAUGGUUUCAUGUGCGCUCGAAAACUUCAUGAAAAAAAUAAAAUGAUAUCCGAAAGUUUAGAUGAGAAAUUACAAAAAUCUUCACAGAGAGUUGUAAAAACAGAUUCUAAAAUUAAAAAAACACUUCGUGCGACUAAAACAGUUUACGAGCAAAUUUUGAAUGAAUCAAUUUGUGAUGAAUCAACUUCAAUGAAUGAUAAAAGUAAUGAUAAUACAAAUCUAAUGAAGAAUUUGGCACAAUCAAGAAGCCAAAAUAAAAGAGGACGUACAGACUCAUUUGGAAAUAAUGUAAUUGAUACUGAAUCAAGUAAAAGGGUGAAAGUGGACAAGGAUAAAUUACCUAUAGAAAAUAGUAAAGAAAUUACUGAUCGCGACAAUAAAGUUAAUACGCACGAAAUAAUUAUCGAUCAGACAAAACGUAAAACUAUAGAUAACAAAAAUGAAAAAAAUAUAUCAAGUGUAAAAAAUAGAAACAAAGAAAAAAUGUCAAAAGAUGAGCAUAUUGCAACUGAACAUUCAGAAAUAAAAAAGCUUUCGAAAGAGGCACAUCAUAAAAUAAAUCAUUCAAAACAACACUCAAGUGAAAAGGAUAAGAAGGUAAUGGUACCGGCAGAUAAAGCUACACAAUUUAAGACUGCAGAAAUUUUAAAAUCGUACUUAAUGAAGUACUAUCCAUCCAAACGUAUACCUGAUAGGAUGACGUUUUCAAAAAUUUGUAGAGAAAUGCACUAUACUCUACUAGCUCAAAAAAUAUUCGGUAAAGUAUAUCUUAAUAAAGUUAUACCUAUUAUCUAAUUGAAACAAUGUACAGUAAUAAUUGUUUUCAGAUAAAGAAGGAAUACAGAAAUUUGUUAAGAAAUACAUGAUACAAAACUAAUAUUUAUCAGAAAUAUUUAGCGA